AUGGCUCGAGAAGGGUACGUAAAUGCCGUGGAGGGCGAGACUUACGAAAUGGAAGCCAACCAUCAGAUAGGGAAACUGAAGCGUGCGGAGGUUUCAAAUAAAGCAGUCUCUAAUCCAGUGAUAGAAUCCCAUGGAAAGGACAUUAGGAACACAGAUUCGGAGAAAUCUACUCACAGUAGUAAGGAAGAUGAAUAUGAGGAUAGUUUUAUUGAUGAUAGUGAACCUAAAGUUUCUCCCUUUUCACCAUGGUCAGAUGGAAGAGAGUCUGAUCAGGAGAUGUUGGAUAAGAAAAAAUCAAAAGGGAGGAAAGGCACCCGUAAGAGACGUAAGAAGAAGUACCAGCCAAUUGAGUCUGAUGACAACAAUUCCCUCCAACAGAAUAUUGCCAAUCACUUAGGACUUAAUAUUGACACAAAAAUUGGUGAAAUGAGCAACAAGAAAUCUGAAGAUGGUUACCAUCCCACUAGUACACCAAAUAGUGAAGCCAAUGUUGUUACUGAUGGUGGUGUAGGAAGGGAUAUGGGCCUGCCAUGUGAUUCCAUACUGCCCCCUAAUGCAAUUGGUCCUGAAAAUGGCUUAGAACUGAACAAAGAAAUAGCUAACAGACCUGGUAAGGAGAAAACUCUUGAAACUUAUAGUGUUACUAGUUGUGAUGCUAUCAAUGAGGAUAAAUUGCAGCACAAAGAGGAAAAGAGGGAUAAUGAGGAUCUGCUAGGUAAGAAUGGAGAUGAUAAGAAAUCGGCCAAUGACAAUAAAGAAUCAAAGAAAAGAAAGCAAAGGGAAGAUGAGGGAAAAACAGAAGAGGACUUGAAGGAAAUUGGAACUCUACAAGACAAGUUGUAUGAUCCACUGCUGUCUUCUACUGAUGCUGGCUCAGACAAUGGUUUAAAGCCAAACAAGAGGAGGAAAGAAUCAGCUGAUUAUGGAAAAUCUCUUGAAGGUAAUACAAGCAAUAAUAACAUCCCUGGAAAGGACAAUGUAAAGAAAAAUGAAGGUGGGGCUGGCCAAACUGUCAAGGAUCUUGAUGAGAAAAGUGAAACAGAUCAGAAGACUAUUUACGAUAAGUGA